UCCACUAUGAAAUCAGUAGAGUCUACAACAUGGGAAGAUCGGGUGCCACAGUGUGGUAAUUCAGUUGAUAUAAAACCAGCUUCAGCUGAUGGUACAGCAGAUUUGCCUGCUUCCUUUUGUAAUGAAGCCCAACCUAAUUCAUCAGACAAACCAAAUACUGAUGGUAGUGUCAACUUUGAGUCAGAUAGUCCAUUGAUUGGCAAGGAAGCUCAGCUCUUAGUAGGGUGUGAUUGUGACAACGAUUAUAGGCGUACAGAAUGCCUCCCUAUAGAACCAGAAGCACCUGUACCUUGUGCUGAUUUUAGUGAUCUAAAAGAAGUCACAGUAGAUUUUAGGACAGAAACACAUGAUUCUUUGGCAGUGGAAAGACAGCCUCUUUUAUUGGAAGAACCCAAUGCUGAAGAAGAUAUGGAUAUUGACUCAGAUAGUCCACUGAUUAGCAAGGAAGUUCAGCUGUUAAUAGGGUCUGAAUACGACCAUGAUUAUAGGAGUACAGAAUGUCCACCUAUGGAACCAGGAGCACCUGUGCCUUGUACUGAUUUUAGUGAUUCAAAAGAAGUCGUGAUUGACUGUAAGACAGAAACACAUGAUUCUUUGCCAGUGGAAAGACAACGGGUUUUAUUGGAAGAAGCAAAUACUGAAGACGAUAUGGAGCUUGACAAAAACGAGUUGUUAACUCUAGAGGAUCCAUCACCUAUAGGAAAGACCAAGGCAGUGCACAGACCAGGCACAAAUACCAUCAUAAAAAAUCAUCUAAAACAAUUGGUACCAUUUUCGGAAGAAUGGCUUGCUGCCAUGGAGGCUUGCGGGGAGGAAGUUUUGGAACAGAAGAGUGGAGCUGUGCAAAAUUCUCCUACCGAUAAAACUACCCCAGAGCCCAGUCCUUGGUCACCGGUUAAACGCAAAGCUCAAGAUGUUGGUCCAUUUGACUGUACCAAGUACUCCAAAAACGUUCGGACAACUGACACCCCUUAACCUGCUCAGCUGCGCUUCACCUUCUCUCGAGGUACCAGCAGACACGCUGUACAAAGUCAGAGCACAGCUCGGAGCCUUGUGAGAUAUGCCACUGAAUCUUUGUUCAAUACAACAGCCUCGUUGAGGUGCUUUUGUUUGUUACCUGACAUUGUUCCAUUGAAUUGUAAAAUCACUACUGUUGGAUCACGACACAAGCAAUGCUUGGUAAAUAAAGAGAUCAUUUCUUCUGAA